AUGCCACAACUGGCUCCAAUCCUUCUUGAGCCGUCGUCGAAACCUGCGGAAUCGUCCGCCGGCUUCUUCGAAUCCGCCAUCUUCUUCGUUCAUCGUCGUCUAGUUUCUUCUCGUCCUCUUCUAUUUGACUUUUUUCGAUCUACAACAAGUUACGCUAAUCAAAUCACCGAAGACGUUGACGGAGGUGGAAAAGAUGAAAUGAGACAUAAAGAGAUGCAGAUUGCAAAACGGAUUCUGAUUGGAUUGGGUCGAUGCAUGCGGCCUCAGAAGGAGGGCAACAGAUAG